AUGAUGUUGAAAACCCCGCUUAUGCUGCUGCUGGGUCUUGCCCAGUGGGCAUGGUUGAACGCUGGAAUGCGGCCAACCAUCUCAUUUCGAGUCGUGGACGGACCCCAACUGGAAUGCAAUGCUCUUGUCGACCUGGUCUUCUUGCUCGAUGGUAGCUACAGUGUGGAGGACUCGGAUUGGAAAGCGUUGAAGGAAUUUGUGUCCAAAACGGUGGCUCGAUUCAAUAUCGGACCUGACAAGAUGCAAGUUGGCUUUGUGCAAUACACGCACGAUGCCAGAAUCGAAAUGCGCUUCAAGAGCAGCUCCGCGGACGUGGCCCAGGGUCUGGCAAACCUUGACCAGAAGGGAGGGAACACCAACCUGUCCGAUGGGCUUGUCAAGUCCAGGGAGCUGUUCCUGGAUCAUAAUCGCCAGGCCAGCCGCUUUCUCAUCAUUGUCUCAGACGGCGAUGUUGAUUACGAAGCUCCUGAAAAAGCGCGGAAUAUGGAGCAGAAUGAGAAGGUGAUCAUUUUCAGUGUGGCCGUGGGUGAGGAUGCUGACGUGAAGGACCUGAGAAAAAUCGCCACAAGCCCUCAGCUGUUCUUCCAGGUUUCCAAGUAUGGCAUCCUUGACAAGAUUGUGAAGACAAUGGCCAAAGACGGCUGCUACAUUGCUGAGCAGGUGGGUACGGACACCAGCAUCAAAGACGUCAACUUUGCAGCUCUUCUCGGAAAGCAGGAGAAUGCGAAUGUUACCACGGAAACAGAGGAGGAAGAGGAACAUUCCGGCGAGAGCGGCGAGACCCCUGGUGUCUUCGAUCAUCAGAUGGAAGACGAACCGGCCAUGACAGCUGUGCGCAAGAUGACGCCUGAGGCAGAAGCUGGGAUGGCGCAUACCACGUACACUUGCGUUGUACAUGAGGGUUUGGAGCUGCCGGUCUCGAAUUCUGAUGAGUCGGAGGUGGCCUACCUGCGGAAACGGGUUGAAGAGCUGGAGCAGAAGUACCUGGAAGCAAAGCUGGAGGCAGAGCAGGCAGAGAAUCGGCCUCCUUGCCCUGAAGUUGGCAAUAUCGGGUCGAACAUCGAGGCCGACUUUCCUUCAAUCUUGGAAAUGGUGAAGAACCAGGAGUCCAUGCAAGGCGAGCUUGACAAACUGGCUGUGCAGGAGAUGGUCCAGAACCAGGAGAACAUGAAGGGCGAGCUGGAGAGAAUCUCCGAGCAGGAGACGGUAGUCGCAAGCGAACCUGUGCAGGCGGGGAGGUUGCUCCUGGCAGAAUUCAGAAGAGAGCCCCACGACCACGACUCUCGCAACAACUGCGGCGGGGCUCCCGGUGGGCUGGAGCUGGAGAUGGCGGGCCGGGGAGGUGAGAAAGCGGAGACCCGAUUCGACCUAGCAGGAACCAGGAAGGCCAGAGCCUGUCUUUUUUCCGUACGAAACGAGACCGAGGGCAAGGUCUUGGAAGUGCUGCUUUUGUUCCUGCUUUCGUUCUCAUCGAUGGAGUCAACGCCUGACCUGACCGAAGGGGUCGCCAGGAAGUUCUUGCCCGUUUUUGAGGGCUGGCUGCUGCUGACUUCUUUGGCCAAGCGGCUCAAGUGGGAGGAGCUGGUGGCGAGUGUGGCUCCUGACAUGGCAAAGCUGGAGAGCAAUGGGGCCUUUGCCUGGUUGAGCGGGGCACGCCUGAAGUCCGUGAUCCUGUUCACCUGUGGCACAUGUGGCAGGUCACAACUCAAUGCCGCGCUCCCUCCUCUGCAAUUAGAUCAGUGGAAGAAGUGUGUCGGAGCGAUUCCCUUCAAGGAGAACGAGUUCCCAUCGGCUGUCAUGGCGUGUGCAAGAUCUGACGAGCCGGGCGACAGGAAUCGAGUUGUUCGCUAUUUCGGAUGCGGGACAAAUCGAGUCAGAACAGAGCCGCCGGUUACUAAAGGCGUCUUGGAAAACUGCGAGCGCUCAUCCGAUGAGGAGGUGAAUAGCUUCAUGUAUUCCAUGUGUGGCAACGGUGACAUCAGCACCAAUAAAUGCAGACUGUAUGGACCCUUCUGGGGCAUCUACAGCCACCCUGCGGAAGAUCUCUAUGGCUAUCACUCCCUGGAGGAAAAGCAGGAGUGCCUGGCCAAAAAAGAUGGCCCUUCUGCGGAGCAAUGCGCAGAGCCGCAGGCUGUCGCGUUCAAAGGACAAUUUAAUCGUGGCAUGGCUGACUACAUCUAUGGCACGCCUCCUCCCCUGACACAUUCCAGAAGCAAGACUUGGCAAAAGAGCACCAAUCUCGGGGAGACGAGUUGGGACCCAGACCAGAUGCUGUACUCGCUGCCACAGGAUCGAAAGCUCGACCCUCCUCUGUGGGAAAUGCUUCGCGAGGCAGAGGUCGGAGAAGGCAUGAUGAUGAUCAGCUAUGGCUACUCUGGCGCUGGAAAGACCACCACACUGAUUGGGGAUGCGACAGCACCAGUCGGCGGCGGGCGUGGUAUUGAUGGUGUCCUGUCGCUCUACCUCAAGGAGAAUGCGCGCAAAAUCGAUGAUGUGCAGGUUCGCAUUUUUGAGGUCUAUGGGCGCAUCGGUGCACAGAAUGGUUUCAUGAAAGCUCAGACGGGAUCUGGCAUCUGGGGCUACCGUCUCAGGGAGAAGACAGCGGUGUACCUGGGGCAAUCCUACGCCUUCGAAGUAGAAGGCACAGAGGAGGAGCCCAGCAGCGGCGCACUGAACAUGACGUUGCUGGAGGAAAAGCUGGAUCAAGAUGCCUUCACCUACAGCAUCAAGGCAGAGACUCCACCCGCGAUGUCUGGCACCAUAGCUUGGCACGAAAAGGUCAAGGAGGUCUUGACCGUCAUCGAGGACAUUCGUCUGGACGAAGACCAGUUCAGGGCCGGCGGUGAGCCAAUCGCUCACAUCCGUGGUACGGUCAACAAUCCAAAAUCAUCUCGUGGAACGCUUUUUGUGCUGACCAACAUAUUCUUCAAGAACGGAAAGAUGGCACCGGUCUCCACAGUGGACUUGGCUGGUUCAGAGGAUCCGGCUGUCAUGGUGUCUGGCUUCCUCCGAUUCAAGAACAGCGUGACACCACGAGGAGAGGGCUUGUGUGAUCCAAAAAAUGGAAAGAUGUCCAAAGAGCUGAUGGCCAAGUACCUGGCAAGCUUAAGCAGCUGGGACCUAAUGUCUGGACCAUUGUCCUGGUGUUAUGAGCUCCGCGACGUCCUUGUCAAGUGCGACCCCAUCAAGCCUGCCCGUGGUUGCGUCAACAUUGUCCUUCCCAGUGGUGAGAAGGAGAUGGUGCGCCCCCAGCUGGACAAAGAGCCAACGAGAUGGCUUGCGCAGGACGAACGUGGCGUGGAUCUGCCAGAAGCUAUCAAGUUUCCGAGCAAGGCAGAUGGCGUGAAACUUGCGGACAAGAAAAAACCAUGUACUUUCACAAGGGAGGAAAUACUGGCAGCUUAUGCUGAAGGACCAGUAACGGGGCUUUCCAAGAAGCGCAUAGAGACAAAUCCUUUCAGUGGGGAUGCCGAGGACAUGAGCUGGGCAGAGCGUCUUUGGUCAAGGAGCUUCAAGGGUGUCGGUGUUAUGGAUUACGUGCUUCUCGGCGUCAACACUCCAAGCCUGUACACCAAGCAGGCCAAGGGGGAGUACGAGGGCACUGUGGGGGCAGAAAUCCCACGAGCAUUGACUCAGUGCAAGAAAGAUGCAAACUAUGGGAAAUGGCACAUGAACGACAAGGUGGACAACUGGAAGAAGGCCCGGAAAGCUUUCUUCGAGAAAAUGAAGGAAAUCAUUGAAUCGAAGGUGGCUGAGGACAACAACCUUGAGUUCACUCGUCACCUGACGUACUUCACAUCAGCCAUCGGGCCGAUUGUGGAGGAGGCUUUCUUCAUCAAUGAAGCUUUGAAUGACAUGAAAGGUUACCUUGGCAUUUGGGCCAAGACAAGCCAGCUGUCGCCACCUGGAAGUCUCCUCAGCUUGUGGCCUCCGAGAGACUUCGAGGUGAAAGGGAAGGACAACCAGAUAGUCGAUUACUCCGAUGGCAGCAAGAUCAGUGAGACGGGCUACGACAUCUUCAAAUUCCUGAAGCCGAAGGACUCUGAGCAAAGCUAUGCGGAGCAGUUGGCGCAUGGCCAGGAUGGCAUCAUGUUGGUGACCAUGCUGGAGUAUAUCCGGCGGAUCUCGGUUCGACGAGAGAAGAACACAAAGGUGUUGGUCGGAGUCUUUAUCCGAUCUGACAUUCCCGGGGCCGACCUUGACUGCGAUGGAGCGAAAGCUUCCCUGCAAUUCGCCCAAGACCUUUCUGACAUGGUCGGCUGGAAUCGUGGCCUUCCGGGUGUUCUGCCUCACCUUCACCAGCACUAG